AUGUCGGCAAACACGAGACGGUACCGGUCCUCGACCUCCGCGUCUACACCAGCAGCGGCCAAUCUGAAAUCUGUUCAAAUCCUGCAGGCUCUGCUUGAUGGUCUGGCUAGCCAGAUCAAUACCUCUGCGGGAAAUGGCUACCCCCAAGCACUUCAGCUUACCAGCAGUCUCAGAAAUGUCGCGGAGCAAAUCUCGUCCUCCAACACAGCUUCGCACCAGGAUGCCUUUCGGCUAGCUGGCGGCUUCGAGGCCGUCCUCAAUAUCCUGAGAAGCUUCUCCGGAUUCUACGACCCCGAUAAACGCUCCAACAAAGAAAUGACCACAUUGUUUCAACUGCUCGGCGCCACGCUUGACGUCUUCGCCGCUGCCUUGCACAGCCACUCUGGCAACAAGCGAUUCUUCAAGUUUCGUGUCGAAGGCGGUGGAUGGGAGGCUCUCGAGCAGGCCAUUGCCAGCAUUGGUCUCGGCGGCGUCGAACCGAAUCCCUGGGUCAGCUGCCACGUUUUCGGAAAGCUUUUUGCCUUCUGCCUUGGAGACGAUGCCAUCGACCUCCUCUUCCAGUCGAUCGCCGAAACCCUGCGCCAUGACAACGAACGAGCUACCGACAAUGCGGACGAGACAGAACCGGAUGACCAGUGGGAUCUUGUUCUCGCCAAGUCUAUGGAGUCAAUAGGCCCCAAGGUCCGCGAAUUGGUGCAAAUGACGACUCGAGUUCAUUAUCCAGAGGUGCUCCGUGCCCUUGUCAGCUUUUGGUCCUCUCUCCCCCGUGACGACGAAACUGCCGCCACACCCGCAUCUCUCUUAGUCCUCGAAACUAUUCUCCGCGCUGCUGAGGUGUUGACGUAUAACUGUGCCGCGAUUCACUCCACAGGUGUCAUGUCCCAAUUUCUUCGUGUCGCCUUCUCCCCCAACGCAACCCUCUCCGAUUCCGAGCGUAAAAAGAUCCUCGCCAUUUGCCGCCAGCUCAUGUUCUUUGGUGUCGAUAAACCCGCUGACACUCAGUUUCUCCUCUCCGUACCCGGAUCGGAGGCCUCCGAAUUCUGCCUCGAAAUGAUGGGUAGAUAUCAUGGUCCUGCGUUUUUCAAUUUUGAUCUCUCCUUGUACGGCCACUCGUCUCUUGAGCUUCCCAGUCUUGGCCGCCCGUUCCCACCGCAGUCUUCGCCUGGCUACACGUUCACAGCGUGGGUAUGGAUCGACAAUUUCGACCCGUCCACCCAUACGACCCUGUUCGGAGCCUUUGACGCCUCUCAGACGUGCUUUGUGCUCAUGUAUCUGGAGAGGGAUACACACAACUUUAUCCUACAGACGUCUGUGUUCUCCAAUAAACCCAGCAUCCGUUUCAAAUCUACUCAGUUCCGCGAGAAGCAAUGGUACCACAUCGCUAUUGUUCACAAGAGGCCCAAGACCAUGACAGCAAGCCGCGCUGCCUUGUAUGUCAAUGGCGAAUUCUGCGAGCAAAUGCGAUGCAACUAUCCCAUGACCCCGCCGCUCUCUAAUAACAGCAGUGAAAGCUUUGCAUCCUUCAAUUCCGGACAAAACAAGACAAAUCCCGUACAAGCCUUCAUCGGAACACCGAGGGAGCUAUCUAGCCAACUCGGCACAGGCCUAGUGUCUUCGCGAUGGUCAUUGGCGUCUGCACAUCUCUUUGAAGACGUUCUUGGCGACGAUUUCUUGGCUGUUCAUUAUGGCCUCGGACCCCAUUAUCAUGGCAAUUUCCAAGACACGCUGGGCGGCUUCCAAACCUAUGAGGCAUCCGCCCAGCUGGGUCUUCGUAACGAAAUUGCGCGCUCUGGAAAGGACGAAAGCUCCGACAUCUUAAAAGCGGUCCGAGACAAGGCGAGUGUGAUAUUGCCCGAAUCAAAGGUCUUGCUCAGCAUUCUUCCCUCUGCCACACUUCCAGAAAAUGUUCAGUUUCUGGACACGGGUCUCUUGCGCUCCCUUCCCCGUUCCGCCGCGCGAGCUCUCUUCAUGGCUUCGAAUAAAGACGGCGCUCCUUUAGCUAUCAAUUCAGCCGUUCCCAACAUCGCCGAUGCUCUCUUCAAGCCCCAAGGAAUUGCAUCCUUCCGAGGUAGCCCGACAAUCGCACUGCCGUCGUACCUCGACGAGAACCUUUGGCGCCUCGCGGGAUUUACCUCUCUGGCGCUGAAGCUACUGGAAAGGGCCACAUCUGUCGACGAGACCAUUCGAUCUCUGGAAAUCAUGUUCCACUGUAUUCGUACAAGCUGGAGAAACAGCGAAGCUAUGGAACGUGAUAAUGGCUACAGCAUUCUUGCCAUGCUGCUACGAUACAAAAUGGGCUACACGGGCGGAUUGGCUACUGAAUUCUUCGCCAUCAAACUACAGCUUUCUGCCGAGGAGCGGGACAGUCUGGCCUUUAGAGUCUUGAGCCUGGUACUUGGAUUCGUCGGGUACAACCACAAGAAUCCUCUGGAUUCACUGAUUGUCAAUUCCCUUGCCUACCGUAUCUUGCUCAUCGAUCUGGAUCUCUGGCGCAAAUCGGCGCCGCGCAUCCAAGAGCUUUACUACAAGCAAUUUGUUACGUUCGCUGUUAAUAGCAAGCAUCAUGAGUUCAACAGCAGGAGACUGACACGUAUGCGGAUUGUUAAACGUCUGCUAGACGCGAUGAAGGGCGAAGCUAUCCCCGAAGAAGUUCUACCACACUUCAUGCACACGUUUGAAGUGCUGGUGAAGUCUUACCUUGGCCCUGAAGUUAUGCGAUCACUGUCGUUGUUCAUUACAUACGCAUUCCAUGUGCCAGGCCCCUUAACGUCUAGAACGUCGCGUGCUCUUUCUUCGCUUUCGAGACCGACAACACCAAACUUGAUGAGGAGGCAAACUGGUGACGGUAGUGGUGCAAGUAGUCCACUGCCGGGGGUCAAGUAUCUCACCAAGAAGCAACUCGGUACCUGGGUGUUGAGCAUUUACACUCGCAUUCUGUGCGAGAAAGGAAAUUUCAACACCAUGCGCAAAUUUGCCAAGACGGUCACAAAUAAGUGGCUGCUUUACUUGCUUGCCGAAAAUGACAAGGAUAUUCUUCUUCAAGGCGCGACCAUCCUGUCGAGGCUUCUGGUUGCCCAUGGCUCGGCAUAUACUUCAAAGUUUGCCAGCAAGUCUGCCGGAUUCGCGAUUAUGGCGAACCGAUUAAAGCGCUUCUGGUUCAGCGCUGCACUUUGGCCAGUGGUACUGAGCCUACUGUUUGGUGUCGAUGUAGCCGACCUUGACACGGACAAGUGGCUUGAUACUGCGUACCUACUGAGCGUCUUCGGUGGUCGCAAGGUGGUUUAUCCUGAUGCCUUUGUCAUAGUCACCUCUAUGCUUCAGCAUGGCCUGAACGAUGUUCUCAAGCAAGACAACAAUGUAUCGGAAUCAAGCCUUGACCCGGGAUCUCGGCCAGCAUUGUCGAGUGAGUCUGCAAAGCCGGACAUAGACGAAGUGACACGAUCAUUACAGACCGGGCUGAGUUUGGGACAGCAUGCACAUCCCGCUUUCCUGCAAAGAGUGCUACAACUAUUUCACGACCUCUACGAAAAAUCCUCGGAUUUCAGAGACUUUGCCUUGACGUCGGACUGGAUAAGGCUCAUCUUUUCGAUGCUAUAUCCAGUAGUUGUUAGCAGCGACGCCGUGACGCCAGAUGUCGAACUGCACUCUCGAGACUCGUCUUUAAACUUUGAAGGCAGCGACGUUAUCAUUCGACCAAUAGGGUUGGCCUCUGGGCGCCCUGCGCCAAUCGUACGGACCACCAGCGUUGAUUUGAGUUCCACGCCGCAGUCAACGCCCCCUAAAGGGACUCUUCUCAAGCGCGCAUCUUCAUUUGUUCUCCUUACUACACAAACCGCGCAAGAAGACGAGAAGCAACAAGACUCCGUGAGCCGCCCGCUCAGCAGCAAUGGGCAGUCUGGUGCUCUUGUUGACAGCCUACUUGGCCUUGCGAUCAACGUCUUUCUGGACCAAAUUUUCAAGCGCAAGGAGUUCUCCGGAUUUGGGCUCUUCACCAAGGUGCCACCGGGCUUCCAAGAGCACCAGGCCUACUUUGAAUCCUUUAUCCUGAAGAGAAUCGUCUCAAGUUCAACAGAACUCGUCAUGUCUAACCAAGCCAUGUUGUGCGAGCCUAAGCUGAUUACCAACAUGGCACGGCUUUGUCUGCACUUGACGGAGGCUGUCUUUGAAGGAUGGUUCAUUGAUGGCGCCGAGGUGCUCAUCGAUUUUGCAGGGAUGCUCCUAGAGUAUCUGCAGCGGCCAGAUAUCGCAAGCCUGAAAAGCGUGAGACUCUGCAGCCAAUCCGUCACACUCAUUCGUACCUGUCUACUGCGUGUUAUUCUGUUGAAGCUAUCCGAUCUCGACAGGCCGGAAACUACAGAUGGGGCUGCCGCCGCGUUCAUGAGUAAACUAGCCUAUUGGCAAAUGUCAAUCUUGGGCUGCUUCGUGGCGGAAGAUGAGUACCUGAAGCUCCUCUGGUAUCAACUAUACACGAAGCUUGUUGAUGAAAGGGGCCCUGUUCGGCGGUCGGCUGCUAGUUUUCUUCGCAUCCUGCUGGUUGCGAAGCCUGACGAGUCGUCAGCUCUCAUUCGUUCGUUUAUGGUCCCCGGACAGAAGCAAAUUGUCCAUGACUUUAAGAAAAUCACUGAGCUAGAUGAUGACGUGUUCAUUUCCUGGGUGGACCAGAACCGGCCAUCCCUUGAUUUGCUAUUCUUUGGAGGCAUGGCCAAGAUAUGGGAGAAUUUCGUCAGCAUCGAGAACAUGCGCACACAGGAGACUGCCAAGACCCGCCUCUCGAAGCGAAAAGACAAACUGAAGCAGUGGUACGUUGAAGGCGCCUCAAAAGACAAGCUUCUCGCAAAUCACGAAAUUGGAAACAGCGCUUGGAUGAAGAGCAUCUACAACUCUGAGCACUUCAAGUACCAGCGCAUACUUCAAGACCAACAAGAUGAUCUUUCGUUCCUUAUCUCGGCAUACAAGAAAAUGGAAAUGGACUUGAGGCGACCUGGUGCAGUCUUCAGCGACCCUAAGCCCCUGAAAUGGAAGCUGGACCGGACCGAGGGGCGCAACCGAAUGCGUCUGCGAUUGCUGCCAGAUUUCUCUACAGACAUGGAAAAGUAUCGCUCCAAGGAGAAGGGAGUUGCUGCAGCAAACUUGCGAACUAACACAGCUGCGGGCAAUUCGCCGGGCACCGCCCCUGCUACGCCAACACUGACCGCGGCGCCGGUGACAGGUGCUGCUGGAGCCACUGUGGAAGCUGAGGGCGAGCUUGCUUUGGAACAAGAGGAUGCCGGGUUUGCACCGGAAGACGACUUUGAGCUUAUUGAGGAUCCCAAUGAUGCCCAUGACCUAGACGAGAACUUUGAGGACAAAAACCGCAAAGUCAUGCGCCGACUAGAGCAGGGCGACCAGGUCCAAGCGGCCUACAACGUUUCUCGCGUCACCGGGCUCGAGGCUUGCGAAGGAAUCCUCAUCAUCGGCAAAGAUGCACUAUAUAUGAUGGACAAUGUGUUUCAGACGUCGACCGGGGACAUCGUCAACGUCUGGCAAGCCCCGAUGGAGGAGCGCGACCCAUUUACGCGUAUUGUCACGGGAACCAAAACUCUGGAGAAGCGACAGACAGCCGGAAACCGUGAUCAAGAGUCCAGGCAUUGGAAGUGGCAAGAUACUAUUAGUAUUUCGAAGCGGCGCUUCCUCUUCCGUGACGUCGCUAUUGAAAUCUUCUUUACAGAUGGCCGUAGCUAUCUCCUUACUGCGAUCAACACGACCGUUCGAGACGAAAUGUUUACCAAGAUGCUAUCCAAGGCGCCACACACCAGCGCAGCCCAUGCUCUGCCCAACCCAGAAGAUGCGUGGAGGCUAGAAGCGUUGAAAAACUUUGACGAGUUGCAGCAAGGUAUCGGCUCCAAGAUAGGGACGCUGUUCAACACGUCACCGUGGAAUCCGCUCAUGAAGCGCUGGCAAAAGGGCGAAAUGUCCAACUUUCACUAUCUCAUGAUGGUUAACACCAUGGCUGGCAGAACUUUCAACGACCUGACCCAGUACCCAGUAUUUCCUUGGGUUCUCGCUGACUUUACGAGUGAGGAGCUGGACUUGAACAACCCCGCCAGCUUCCGUGACCUGUCCAAGCCUAUGGGUGCUCAGACUCAGGAACGAGUACAGGGCUUUGUUGAAACGUACAAUGCUCUGAAGGAAAUUGAGCAGGCGCCAUUCCACUAUGGAACACAUUAUUCGUCUGCUAUGAUUGUUUCAUCCUACCUCAUUCGUCUGCCGCCGUUUGUGCAGUCAUACCUGUUGCUGCAAGGCGAUAGCUUCGACCAUGCCGACCGACUGUUCCAGUCAAUCCCCGACGCUUGGAAGUCAGCAUCCUGCCGAAACAAGACGGACGUCCGAGAGCUCAUUCCCGAAUUCUUCUGCUUACCCGAGUUUCUGACCAACGUGAACGGCUAUGACUUUGGCCGGCGACAGAGCAACGGCGUCAAGGUUGAUAAUGUCGUUCUACCACCGUGGGCCAAGGGCGACCCCAAGAUUUUCAUUGCCAAGCAUCGCGAGGCCCUGGAGAGCCGAUAUGUGAGCGAGAACCUCCAUCGCUGGAUUGACUUGAUCUUUGGGUUCAAGCAGCGAGGUGAAGCGGCCGUGGAAAAUUUGAACGUUUUCCAUCACUUGUCGUAUGCCGGCGCGAGCGACCUGGACCGCAUCACGGAUGCGAAUGAGAGAGCCAUCACUGCGGGCGUUAUUCACAACUUUGGGCAAACGCCGCACCAAGUGUUUACCAAGCCGCAUCCGCCGCGUGAAAAUGCAAGAUGCCCUGUCAGGCGGCUUGACUCGUCCGUACAGGCGCUCAUGUGUCUCCCGAACCCAUUAAUAGAAUCUCAUGAACGAGUGGCCUCCUUGAUUUACGCACAAAAGCUAGAUCGAUUGCUCUGUGCCUCGCCGUUCCGCCUCAACUUGCCACCGUAUGACAAGUUUCUUGAGUGGGGUUUUGCCGAUAAUACAGUGCGCUUCUUCUUCAGUGAUAAUCGAAAGCCGGCUGGUCUAUUUGAAAACCUCCACAUUGGGCAAAUCUCAUGCGCUUGCUUUGCCGACUCCAAAACUCUCAUCACGGCUGGCGAAGACUGCGUCGUUUCGGUGUACAACGUCAUCACAAUGCCCAACAAGCCCGUGGAGCUUGUCCCAAAGUCCAGCUUGUUUGGACACAAGACACCAAUCACGGCCAUUGCCGUCAGCAAGUCGUUUAGCACCUUUGUCAGCAUCUCGGCGGAUGGCCAGGGUCUACUAUGGGACUUGAACCAGCUUACGUUUAUCCGCAAGCUGCCGCUUGUGCGUCCCGUAGAGUGCGCGAGGAUCAAUGAUGUGUCGGGCGAAAUCCUUCUCUGCUCCGGCCCGAGCGUCAUCCUGUACACGCUCAAUGGGUCUGUCAUCAUCGACCAGAACGUGUGUCCUGACGCAGACGACUACGUACACACGUGCGCAUUCUAUGAAGGGGCUGGCAACGAGUGGCUGGAGAACCAGCUCAUCUUUACAGGUCAUAGCCGCGGCGUCGUCAACGUCUGGCGCAAGAGCCAUGCUAGGGGCAAGUGGUCCUUGGAACACCUGCGACGCCUGGACCACAUUGAUUAUAAGACGGAGCGGCGCGACAAUGUUAGCGCGGGCAUCACAUGCAUCAGCCCGACCCCUAACUGCCUAUACACAGGAGACGAGGACGGCAGAGUUUUUGAAUGGAACUUUGUAGGAAGAGAUCGAUAG